AUUCUUCAACAAUCCCAUUUCAUCCUUCCCAACACUUCGAAUCGUUCACUGAUAUGUUUGUCUCUUGGAUAUCCUCGUUCUUGAAGCUAUUUUGGGCCCUAUUGGGUCGUCGAUCAUCCUCCAAUCUUAGCCCGUUGGGCCCGGGAAGUACAGCAUCAAGUUCUUCCAAGUUUUCCAAUAGCUUUCAAAACUAUAGACACGAUGUAUUCAUCAAUUUCCGAGGGGUUGACACCCGCAACACUUUUGUCGAUCAUUUGUAUGCUCAUUUCAUUAGAAAAGGUAUUUUUGUCUUUAAAGAUGACAAAAAGCUCCAAAAAGGAAAAUCCACUUUACCACAGCUUAUAAAAGCAAUUACAGAAUCACGGGUUUCUAUCAUUAUCUUUUCAAAAGAUUAUGCUGCCUCAACAUGGUGUUUGGAUGAAAUGGCUGCUAUUGCUGAUUGCCAACAACAUUUAAAGCAAAUCGUUUACCCUAUUUUCUAUGAUGUGGAUCCAUCUGAUGUAAGAUAUCAAAAUGGGGUGUACGAGGAUGCUUUUGUUUCACACAGACGCAAGUUCAAACAUGAUCCGGACAAGGUUCACCGAUGGGAGAGAGCUAUGACGGGUUUGGCCAGUUCAGUUGGUUGGGAUGUCAGGAAUAAGCCAGAGUUCGAAGAGAUUGAAAAAAUUGUUCAAGCGGUAAUAAAAAUAUUGGGUCAUAAAUUCUCAGGAUUUGCUGAUGACCUUAUUGGCAUGCAACCGCGUGUACAAACAUUAGAAAGCAUUUUAAAGUUAAGCUCAGAGAAGGACGAUAUUCGAGUUCUAGGAAUUUGGGGAAUGGGUGGAAUAGGGAAGACAACUCAUGUUACUGUUCUAUAUGAUAAAAUCUCUUAUAAGUUUGAUGCUUGCUGUUUCAUUGAGAAUGUGAGCAAAAUUUAUAAGGAUGGUGGAAUUGUUGCUAUACAAAAACAAAUUCUUCGUCAAACAUUAGAUGAGAAAAAUUUAGAAAUUAGCCCUAGUGAAAUAUCAGGAAUGGUAAAAUACAGGCUUCAUAACAUAAAAGUUCUUAUAGUUCUUGACAAUGUUGACCAAUUAGAGCAAUUGCAAGAAUUGGCCAUAAAUCCUAAAUUGCUUUUCCUAGGAAGUAGAAUGAUUGUUACCACCAGGGAUAAGCAUAUUCUAAAUGUCUAUGGAGCCAAUGUAAUCCACGAGAUCUCGUUAUUAAAUGAUAAUGAUGCUCGUGAACUAUUUUAUAAAAAAGCCUUCAAAAAUGAGGACCAAAGCAGUAGUUGUGUAGAGUUGAUCCCUGAGGUAUUAAAAUAUGCCCAAUGUCUUCCACUAGCAAUUAGGGUAGUGGGUUCUUUCUUGUGUACUCGAGAUGCUACCCAAUGGAGAGAUGCCUUGGAUAGACUCGAGAAUAAUCCACAUAAUAAAGUUAUGAAUGUACUUCAAAUAAGUGUUGAUGGACUACAAUAUGAAGAAAGAGAAAUAUUUAUACACAUUGCUUGUUUCUUUAAAGGGGAGAGGGAGGACUAUGUCAAGCGAAUUCUUGAUUGUUGUGGAUUAUAUCCUCACAUUGGAAUUUCAAGAAUCAUUGAAAAAUCACUCAUAACUAUUAGAGAUCAAGAAAUUCAUAUGCAUGAAAUGUUACAAGAAUUGGGGAAGAAAAUUGUUCGUGAUCAACAUCCUGAUGAGCCAGGACUAUGGAGUAGAUUAUGGCUUUAUCAAGAUUUCUUUCACGUCUUAAUGACAGAAACGGGAACAGAUAAUGUUAAAGCCAUAGUUGUAGAUCAGAAAGAAGAUGACUCCGAGUCCGAAUGUAGGGUGGAUGGACUGUCAAAAAUGAAGAACCUUAGAUUACUGAUAUUAUAUCAUAAAAAAUUUUCAGGAAGCCUCAAUUUUCUUUCUCAAAAGCUGCGAUAUCUUAUGUGGCAUGGUUAUCCCUUUCCUUCUUUGCCAUCAUUUUUUACAGCCUUUGGUCUUGUGGAGUUGAAUAUGCCUGAUAGUAACAUCGAACGUGUUUGGGAAGGUUGCAAGAAUUUCCCCUGUUUGAAAAGGAUGGAUUUGAGCAACUCCAAAUAUCUUAUAGAGGGUCCAAAUUUUUCUGGGGUCCCCAAACUUGAGCGGCUAGAUCUUUCAGGAUGCACAGAUUUAUUACAGCUCCAUCCAUCAAUUGGACUUCUUGAAAAACUUGCUUUCUUGAGUUUACGAAAUUGUAGCAAUCUAGAAAGCGUCAAUUUUGGCAGUGUAUCUAAUCUAUGUUCUUUGAGAGUUCUACACCUCUCUGGUUGCACUAAACUUGAAAACACGCCAGAUUUUGCAAGUGCAAUAAAUCUUGAGUACCUUGAUAUUGAUGGAUGUACAAGUUUGUCCAUGGUUCAUGAAUCUAUUGGAGCUCUUGCAAAGCUUACAUUUUUGAGUUUGAGAGAAUGCAAAAAUCUUGUUAAUGUAACUAACAACAUUGAUACCAUGAUAUCUCUUAAAACUCUAGAUUUAUAUGGCUGUUUGAAACUUAUGAAUCUGCCCCUGGGACAAACUUUCAAUUCUUCAUCCCAUUUGGAAUUCUUGAUAUUUUUGGACAUUGGGUUUUGCAGUCUACUUGAAGUACCUGAUGCUAUUGGAGAAUUAAGGUGUUUAGAAAGAUUGAAUCUAGAAGGAAACAAUUUUGUUUCACUGCCUUAUUCUAUCAAGGGGCUACAUUGUCUAGCAUAUUUAAAUUUGUCUCAUUGCCAUGAGCUUAAUGUUUUGCCUGAGCUUCCAUCAAGUAGUGCUUCAUCAGUGGGAAGGUAUUUUAAAACGGUAUCUGGAUCACAUGAUCAUAGGUCAGGGUUAUAUGUUUUUGAUUGUCCCAAGGUGGCCAAUAUGUUGUCCAAGAAUUGGAAUUGGAUGUCACCAUGCAAAGACUUAGAACUUAUAUGGCUAGUGAGACUAAUUGAGGAACCCUUUCAUUUUCGGUGUGGCUUUGACAUUGUUGUUCCGUGGGGUUGGAAAAAUAUUCCACGGUGGUUCGACAAAGGAUUUAAGGGUGGUUCAGUUAUAAGGAUAAAGCACUUUAAUAUGGUUGACAAUUGGAUUGGCUUUACCUUUUGUGUUGUAUUUGAGAAAAUAGCUGCAAUAACUCUGGGCCCAAAAUCCACCUUCCUUACAAUUGGUUGGUCACAGAGGAAGAUGAAGUUGAGAAUACUGAAGCAAAGGCAAAAGAAAAUAAUCUCUCCAAUGCUGGGCUUUAAAUACUCUACCCGCAAUAUGGAAGCUCAUAAUCAUCUUUUUCUCACCCAAGCUAAGUCCCACAGGCUUAUGUGAACUAAAGUUUCCCAAACAGUACCUUACGGAUGAAGGUAACAAAGCGCAACGUGUUGAGAACUUGAAAGUGUUUUGAUUUAACGAUAUGUUCCAAUUGCACACUUCAUAGGUAUUUAUGUUUAUACACCUUUUCCCUUUAAUUUGGAUAUAAUCCUUAACAUAUGUUCCCUCCACCCCUUUCUUUUCGAAUCAGAGCCUAUUUAUGUUGAGAAAAAAUUUAGUUAAUUACUUUUUAUUUCAUGAUUCUAACAAUAUUACUUU